AUGCCAGACCUUCCUCAGCAACAUGUUUACACCAAGGAAAUUUUCUCGGAUCAGCAGGAGAGGAAUUCCAGUCGGGACCAAACAGAAUCAAAGCCACAUAUUAAAGAAGAACUGGAGGAUCUAUGCAUCAGUCAGGACCUAGAGCCACAUGUACUGAAGCAGGAGUUCAACAUCAUCAUGGUAACACAUGAGAACAGUGAUCACAGCGAACCAGAACCUGAGAGCCAAGACCUGGAGGAAUCGGACAGAAUUCACAGUAACGAAGCAGAUGCCUCCUCCGUGUGUUAUUCUGACACAGAUCUCCCAAAGCAGUAUGUCUGCAAAAAGGAGGAGGUUCUUUCAGACCAUCUUCUCUGUAAAAAGGAAAAGAACCGCGGUUUGGACCAGAAGAAACCACUGCCUCCAUGCAUUAAAGAAGAACAGGAUGAUUCCUGCACUAGUCAAGAUCUGCAUCAGCCUGUACUGAAGCAGGAAUACAAUAUUGUUAUGGUGACAUAUGAAGGAAGUGACCACAGUGAACCUGAGUGUCAAGACCAGGAAGAACACAGCAGAAGUCCCAGUAGUGGUGCAGACAUUUCCCCCAUGUCAGAGAGUCGAUGCAUCACUGAUACGAGUGAAAAGUCUCUAAAGUGUGGCUUUUGUGGAAAAGUUUAUAAGUCUAAGUCUAAACUAAAGGCACAUUAUAGAGUCCACACAGGUGAAAAACCAUAUUCUUGCAAAACAUGUGGGAAAAGAUUUUCCAGCUCCUCUGCUUUGUAUAAUCACAUAAACACGCACACAGGUGAGAGGCCGUACUUCUGUAAAACCUGUGGGAAAGCUUUCAGAGUGAAUGAAAAAUUACUGAUCCACAUGAGAACCCACACGGGUGAGAGGCCAUACUCUUGUAAAACAUGCGGGAAAAGUUUCACACAAAAUGGAAAUUUGACCGUUCACAUGAGAACCCACACAGGCGAGAGGCCAUAUCCCUGUGAAACAUGUGGAAAACGUUUCAGUAAUAAUGGCGAUUUGCUGCGUCACAUAUCGACCCACACUGGUGAGAGGCCGUAUUCUUGCAAAACGUGCGGGAAACGUUUCACUCAAAAUGGUAGUUUGACUGCUCACAUGAGAACCCACACAGGUGAGAGGCCGUACCUUUGUGAAACAUGUGGGAAACGUUUCUGUCACAACAGGGACUUACUGAUCCACAUAACCACUCAACACGGAUAAGAAGCUCUAGUCCUGAAA